AUGUCGUCUAUUUCGUCCAAGGUCUACCGGUCGCCAUACCCAGAUAUCAAAAUUGAGUCUGUUGAUCUGAUCACAUACUUGUUCUCCAACCCUUUCAAUACCCCUUUAAGUAAGCCCAUAUUUGUCGACUCUCUGUCAGGAAGGCAAUAUACAUUUGGAGAUGUGAUGCAGCGUACACGGUCGCUGGCCAACGGUCUUCAGCAAAAUUUCGAGUUGAAGCCCAACGAGAUCGUGGCACUUUUCAGUCCAAAUACGAUUGAGUAUCCGAUUGCAUGCUACUCGAUUGUUGGCUCGGGCGCUAUUCUCGCGCCUACUAGUGCAGCUUUAACGGCCUUGGAAUUGAACGCACAACUGAAGACGAGUGGUGCCCGUCUGAUCAUCGUGCACUCAACACUUUUGGAAACAGCGAGAAAGGCAGCCAAGGGAACUUUAGUGGAGAAGAUAAUCCUCUUGGAUGGCCCCUCGCCCAUCGAUGGUCAAGCAACUUGCGAAUACCUUGCUCGCACCUUUACCCCUGCGCCUCUGAAGGAGAUCUCGCCCAAGGAGGCCUCAACGAAAACAAUUUUUAUCUGCUUUUCCUCGGGUACUUCAGGUCCAUCUAAAGGCGUGAUCACUACGCAUCAGAAUCUCACAUCCAACCUGCAGCAAUGGCGCGCCCACAUAAUUAAUACAGGUCAGCCUUCUCAGCAACUCAAACGCAACGCCGCCAUCGCAUUUCUCCCGUUCAGUCACAUCUACGGGCUGAAUCUGUAUAUGUGCCAAUGCCUUAUCUGGGGCACGACGGUAGUCGUUAUGCCACGUUUCGACUUGGAUACAUAUCUCGGUUGCGUCCAGAAGUAUCGCCCCGACGAGCUUGCAUUGGUACCACCAAUCGCUUUGAUGAUCGUGAAAGAUCCCCGCGUUGCGAAGUACGACCUGAGCAGCGUCAAACGCAUCAUGUCAGCCGCUGCACCUCUUACAAAUGAAUUAUCCUCUGCCUUGGAAGCCAAGUUCAAGGAGCUCUGCAACACCCAAGUAUUCUGCACUCAAGCCUGGGGGCUGACUGAGACCUCUCCAAUAGCAACUGCUAUCCCCAAUGAUCGCAUGGAUAAGAGGGAGUCGGGAGUCGGUUGCAUCACACUUAACAUGGAGUUUCGCUUCAUGGAUCCUGAUACAAUGACAGAUGCAGUCACCAAGUCGGAUGGAUCGACGGAGCCCGCCGAGAUCUGGUGUCGGGGACCUAAUGUGACGCAGGGUUACUACAACGACGAGGAGGCCACCAAGGCGGCCUUCCAUAUCGACCCUGAUGGGACCAAGUGGUUCCGUACUGGCGAUAUUGGAGUCAUCGAUAAGGAGGGAUAUGUCGCCAUCCAGGAUCGCAUCAAGGAAAUGAUUAAAUACAAGGGUCUGCAGGUUAUCCCUAGUGAGUUGGAGGGGAAAUUGAUCGAUCAUCCGGACAUUGAAGAUGCCGGGGUGGUCGGUAUGUGGGUGGAUGAGAUGGCCACCGAGCUGCCGGUUGGAUUUGUGGUGCUGAGUCGUCAAGCUCGUGACCGGAAGGUCAGUGCUGUCCUGGAUGGGAUUCACUCUUGGCUAAAUCCGAAGAUCGCCAACCAUAAGCGGCUACGUGGUGGGAUACAUGUGCUGGAUCAGAUCCCGAAGAGUCCUAGUGGUAAGAUUCUGCGGAGACAGCUGAAAGAGCUGUUGAAAAGCAAGAAACCAAAGGCUCAACUGUGA